CCACCUCCGCCUGUCAUCGAUCUGGCGCCAUCUCCGCCACCACCGGCGUCAGACGCAUCGAGUGAUAGUGGACGUCCGGUCGUGACACACUCGUCAAGUCACUUGCUCUCGGCACCAGGAACGUCAGAUGACACGCUGCCGUCGCUCUCGAUGUCGUUGCGGAGAUCGUACUCGCUGUCAAACACCGAUGAGGUGUUCUACCUGCCAGACCCCAAGGCUCUGCCAACUUACGACACCGCCCACCAGGCCAUCGACCGCAAGACUGCCAUUCCGUCCGGCCCGGUAGCGUCAGCCAAGCCGCAGCCACAGCCGAGUGGACAUCGGUCAAUAUCUGCGGACCACAGCCUGGCCGGGACCCGGUCGCGGCUUCACGGUGCGGCCGCGCACUCGCACUCUCACGGACGGAUCCAGCUGGCGAAAGCCAUUCGUGGGGCGCGGGCGUCGUCGACAAGGCCCAAGUUUGUGCGCGAGCUCGAGCGGUUCAUUGCGUCCGAGCUGGCGGCGCUUAAGGAUGCCACCGGGACCGAGGCCGAGCCGGUGUACAUUGCGCGCGAGCGGGUCCAGAUCUUCCGCGAGGUCUUUGCGCUCCUCAUCGAGGAGUUUGACGUCUACAAGUCCCUCCUCGCCACCAUCAAGUCCGAGUACGAGGCGGCACUGAGCACGGUCUCGCGCGAGGUCGACGCCCUGCGCCCGAUGCGUCCGGCGCUCGCCACGCUCAAGCGCGAGACUACCGACGAGGUGGCGCGUCUGCAGGACGAACAUGCCCGGGUGGUGGCCCAGCUCAAGGCCCAGCGGACGGCGAUGCAGGAGCACAUGGCCAAGCAGCGUGCGCAGCUCGAGGCCGAACAGGCAGAAAAGGCCGCCCUCCACGACCGCUUGCUCACCGCGGAGACGCUCACUCAGCACAAGUCUCAGAUGCACAAGCUCCUCUACGAUCGCAUCCAUGCCAAGGACGCAGAGCUCGCAGUGGCGCUCUCGGCGCAUCGCGACAUCUCGGCCAAGUACGCGGCGUCAAAGAAGCGACUCGAGGACGUUCUCUUUGAGUUGCGCCAGACCGAGGAUGACUUGGUCAUCCUCCGCAAGUCGCUGCAGGAGAUGCGGCCGGCGGCCGAGGUGGCGGCGCUAGAAGAAGCUGCCGCCGCCGACGCGGCAACCAUUGCCUCCCUCGAAGCCGCGCUGUCUGCGGCCGAGGAGCAGCUCCGCAUGGCCCGAGCCCAGAGCUCGCGGGCCGAGGCGGCAGCUGCCGGCGGCGGCGAAGCCGGCACCGCUGUUUCCAGCGGACAGGCAACGCCUUUGGGCGAGCGCUCGAUCUCGGGCCCACACGGCUUGCAAGGUGUCUGGGGCCAUAGCGGCUCAGCCGGCGACGUCGACUCUGGUCGGGCCGCGGCGCUGUGGGCGAUUUGGUCGUCAGACUUUGCGCUGCUCUCGCACACCAACCAGCUCGCGCUGCGGCGGAUGGUUGCCGCGGGCGCUAGUGUCGACGAGGUUGUCGCGGUCCUCAUGCAGGGCCUGGUCGAGCUGGAGCGCCGGUCCGGUGUCCGGGCCCGGAUCCCCGAAGCCGAGACCGAUCUCGAUCGGACCGAGCUGGCAGCGCGGAUGCGGCAGUCGCAGCCGGGCGAGUUUCCUGCACCGGGCACCGGGCCGAACGUGCCGACAUAUCGCGCCACCGACGCACCGGUCCCCAACCUGCAGUUUGGCAAGCGCAAGACCGAGGAUAUGAUUGCGGCCAUCUGGGCGGCGCGGGACGAGAGUAAGAGCGGAGUCGACCUCGAGACCUUCCUCACCCAGUGGUCACACAAGCGGUACGGUCCACGAGCGGCGCUCAUGAUGAUCAACCUCGAAGAGGCGUGUCUGGUGUGGUCAGCCGACCCGGACUGCGCACUGUACCUGGCCAUCAUCCACAACGCCGUGCCCGAGUCUGUCCGCCACGAUGAGGCAUCCGAGGUCGACACCGUCAUCGCCCAUCUCCGUGACGCCGACGCUGCCGUCAACGGCGGGCGGGCCAAGGGCAAGCUCCUGCUCACCCAGAUGACUGAUGCCCAGCUCGACGCCCUCGUUGGAGAGCUCAAGUACGGCCUCACCCGCGGCUUUGGCGUCCGCACCGGCAACAACUCUCCGAACCCACCCAUCCGCUACGAGGCCCUCUUUGAGGAUGACAAGUUUGCCUCACAAUCGCCCUUUGCUGAAGAGCUCCGCCACCAGCAUCUCGAGGCAGCGCUCCAGCGCGACACAUCCCCUCCGACCUCACCAUCCACUAACGAUGCCAUCCAGUAG